CACACACACACACACACACACACACUUUAGUCCCCUCCCUCUUUCUCACAGGAAGUGAAAUGUGAAACUAACUGAAAGACAGAAGAAAGAUCUCACGCGGGAGCUUUUUGGUAACUCUGAGGUCACAGGGGACUCCACUGCUGAAAACAAGGACUGCUGGAUAAUGGCUGCUCUCAAGGCUUUUCUCCCUCUUGCCGUCUGUCUCCUAAUGUGUCACCUUACUCUUGCUAUAAACGACGCUCCCUGCCAGCGUUCCAAAUGGAACAACGGCUUCAACACCUUCGUCAGUCGCCACAUUCGCCCCGGUACUCCUAAUAAUCUGGACCAGAAUGCGUGGGAGACCUACAUUAAGAAUAAUGGGGGCUGUUCCAGACCCACACAGUCGUUCCUGUCCCCAAGCUAUCUGGACAGAGUUAAGGCUGUCUGCACCAACAAGGGCGGGGUCAUACACAAGGACAACCUGUGCAUCAGCCGGGAGCCUUUCGAUUUUGUCACGGUGAGGAGUGAGCAGGGGACGUGCGGCAUCAGGAGUAUCCAACGGGAAACCAAAUAUCUGAUCCUGGCCUGUGAGGAGAUCGCCAACCAGUGCCUGCCGGUCCAUUUUGAGGGAAACCCUAAAAGUACAAGACCAGACAACAACGCCAGAGGCUGCCAGGAACCACACACCGGUGAUGAUGCUCCCAGCUUUAAAAUGACGUGGGUCUGGUUGUUAUCUGCUCUUCUUGUUAUUGUUUAUGGUUAUCAACGUUGAUUUGAGAAACUAGAUGGGACAAUGAGACUUCUGAACAAGAGAAAAAACUUAAUUUGAAAAGUGUUUGUUUUUCUAUCUAUAUUAUUCGUAAAUCAGCAAUGUAUCAACAAUAUAUUUUGAAAGGGAAAAACAUUUAUGUAAUGUGUAAUAUUCCACUAUUUCAUGACUGCUAAUCUGUCAGGUUCCAUCACUGGGAGUGAGUUACAGAAAUAAGUGCAUGAAUGGCGCAGAUGUGACACUGAAUUAAAUUCAAUGUUUAUUUUACAUUAAAAAGGCAUACAUUUAAUUGCUGUAUAAAAUGGAUUCAAUUAAAGUUUUUUAAUUUAUAAUAUGAUUAAAUAGACAAGAAAUUGGAAAUUCA